AGUUCAGAAUGAACACGUAUCUCAUAUUUCUUAGUUUCUGCCAUUUGUUUAGACUAGGACUUGGAUUUGAUAUCUUUACCGUUACAACUGAAAGACAUAAUGAUUUGGUAGCAAAACAACCUCAGACGAAUUAUUCUGUUGACAUAUUCAACAAUUUUUCAGACGUAAUGAACGAGUUUGAAAUGCUGGGCAACUGGAGUAACCUUUGUAAUAUAUCACAAACUGGUCGUACUGACUUUAACAUUAUCUGUAUCAUUAAACGUAGUUCAAGUAUAAAGUUAUCAGAAUUUAGAGAUUUUACCUAUCGAGUCUUACCAAAUAUCAGAUUUGACUUAUCAGUCACUUGUGAAGAUGGUAUAAUAUACUUUCCCUGGCCAUUCAGAGCAGACAAAUUACAUAGAAUUCAUAUCAAAGACUGCAGAAUUAAGGAUUACUGUACUGAAUUCAAGGAUACAUUGAUAGACCACAUUCCAGACACAAUCACAUAUCUACACAUGGAUAACGUAACAACUAUCUUACGAAUGGAAGAAUUAUACGACUCACUGUCAAAAGCUAACUCCCCUAUAACAAGAGCUGCAGAAUGUGGACCGGAGAACGCUUUUGUCAUAAUUCAGAGAGGGACAAAGGCGACAUUUGAAGAUAUGCAAAACAAUGGUUUGUUUAACUUCAGUGCUGCAAUGACGAAUGAUAAACAUUACUUUGACAUUCAAAAGAGAACAUGUUUGUACAAGAAUCUUGAAAUUUUUCAAGUCAGUGGAAUGAAUAUAGAAAGACAAAUUGUCGAUAAAAUAGUUCAAGUAGACGUUGCGGAAAAUCUAAAAAUUUUGAAUUUUUCGGGGAAUGGCAUAUAUGAUACUCUUUAUAAACUACAAGGCUGGCGACUGCGAUUCCCAAUGAUGGAAUAUAUAGACCUCUCAGAUAACAACAUAAAAGACCUUCCAAUGAUACGAGAUUUUGGAAUGACCGUUGAAGAGACAAAAUCAGUCGGAAUUAUAGAUAUAAGGCGUAAUAAGAUAACUUCAUUAACAAAAGGUAUGAUUGACUCGUUCUCGACUCACGAAUUUGUUAAGGUCGAUAUCAGUGAAAAUCCGUUUAUAUGCGACUGUGGAAUAAUUGAAGUAAUGGAAUAUUUUUCUUCAAAGACUAUGCCAAAAGCAUAUGAUUACCUCGAGUCGCUAGAGUGUGCCAACCCCUCAAACGUCCGUGGGCGUAAGCUGAAAAGUCUGUCUCUCACAGAACUAAACUGUAACAAGAAAACUGUAUUUUUGUCUGUUAAUUUAUUUAAGAAAUAUGAUUAUGGUAAAUUCAUUUUCUAGACUAAAUAAAAACGCUACACCCAAAAACGAAAAAAACGGAACAAUUGUUAUGUUGGAGACAAUGUAGGUUGUUGGAUUAGGGACACCAUUUACUACAACCGUAACAAUAACUUUCUGUGUACUGUAGCGAAAUGAUCUGAUCACGUUAAUGUAUUAGAAUGUAUGCUGGGAAUAGU